AUGGAUGUCCACGACGUCUUCUCGAUCGAGCAGUACUUCCACCUGCUCAAGGACCAGGAACGUACUCUGCGCAAUGCCCUAGGGCACAGAGGCCAGAGCUGGAAAGCAACAAAGCCUCGCGACGAACUCAUUAAGUCUUUCUGGGAACAUCAUAUAAUAGGUCGACAGGAUACAUUUGCAUUGCCCGAUACUUUCAAAAUCAAAACCUCUUUCCUGCCGCCGGCAUACCCUCCAUGCACCGCGCCCAUGGCGGACUUGAAGAAAGUCGCCAUCAGUGACCUCCGCCUUGAGACCCAUCAUCGUGGUUUGUAUGUUCUUCUAAGAGCUGUCACCCCUGCAGCGAGUAUGACGGGAAUUAUGGUCAUAGUUGAGGACGAGGCGAGAGAUGUGCUCCUUUUGCAGCUCUACAAUCAGGAGGAGCGGCUUGAGAAGGACGGCCGUCUCGUCGAAGGAAAGGUGGUUCUUGUAAAGGAGCCUUAUUUAAAGGUUUUGGCAGACAAAAGUUAUGGAAUUCGAGUUGACCAUCUCUCUGACGUGAAGUUUCUGUCGGAACAUGACGAACAGAUCCCGCCGGCCUGGAGGCAAAAGGACACGGAAUUCGACAUUUCCGCCAACGACUGGAAACUGAAAGGCAAUAAAUGGUUUGAAAAGGAGAGCUAUCAUCUGGCCAUUGACUGCUACUCUAGAGCUCUUGAAUCAUCCCCCUCCGCCGAGGAAGCCAUCACGAUCAGACUCAAUCGCGCCCUUUCCUCCCUUAAAGCCCACGAGUUUGAAGCGGCGCUUCGUGAUCUCGACUUACAGCCGACAGACCCUAAAUCCCUCGAGAAAGCCCUUUUCCGCAAGGCGCAGGCUCUCUACCAUCUCGGACGGUUUCGAGAGAGCUGCGAAACGCACGAGAUUCUCGCCAAACAGUUUCCAGAAAAUACCAUCGCGAAGACCGAGUUCAGCCGCGCCAAUGCACGACUUGCCGAACAGCAGAAAGGUCAGUAUCAGUUCAAGCGCCUGCAGCGUGAGGCAGCAAAGCGUGUUCCACCGCAGCUCGACCACGCCACAUAUAUCGGCCCUGUCGCUGUGAAGAUGACGGAUUCUCGCGGACGAGGCCUCUUCACAACUGCUGCCGUCAAAGCCGGUGAUUUGCUCCUCUGCGAGAAAGCCUUUGCGCAUACCUUUCACACAGCAAAGAAUCCGAAACGGAACCUUAGCCUGCUUCUCAACUUGGAGGCGAAAGCCAUGACAAUAGGUACUCAGGCACAGCUUAUGUCCCUGCUUGUGCAAAAGCUUUCCAAGAAUCCAAAGUUGGGUGAAGUCUUUCGGGAUCUUUAUCAUGGGGGGUUCCAGCCUGUUGAUGUAUCGGAAGUCGACGGCUUGCCCGUGGUGGACACCUUCCUCGUCGAACGCGCCAUGUCUCUAAACUGCUUCGGUUGCCCUGCUUCCUCUCGCGAAUCCCACAUCGAGAGCAUUCGCGUCAGAGGACCUGAAAAUGGUGAAAAGGUGUUCGAAUCAUGCGGUAUCUGGCCGCUGGCGUCGUACAUAAACCACUCUUGCGACAGUAAUGCCCGACGCUCUUUCAUUGGCGAUAUGAUGGUCAUCCGCGCAACUCGGGAUCUCCCUGAUAACACAGAGCUGACCUUCUGGUAUGAAUCGCCAUUGAUCGGCGGUUCCGCCGCAAAGGCCAUGGAUCUACAGCACUGGGGGUUCAAGUGCAGCUGCAUUAUCUGUACCGACAUUGCUCAAACCAACAGGAACGAGUUGAAGAGAAGGAGAACUUUCUUAGGCACCUUCAAAAAGCUCUUUGACUCCCCCUCUCGCGUUCCGGAUCCCGUGCGACUCGAGGCUCUUUUCUCCGCGAUCGAAGACACGUAUAGCCGCCCUGUGUCCGAAAUCCCUCGUAUUGCCCUCUGGGGCCCGGCGCUAUCUCUCGCAAAGUUGUAUACCGCACGUAGAAAUUCACGCAAAGCCAUUGACUUUGGGCUCAAGAGUCUUGAGUCUCUUGGCUACGUUAUUGAGGGAGGACAUAUAGUCAACCAAAACAGGAACAACAGCACUGAUGCUGAACUUGUCGUCAAAAAAUGGGGUCUCCUGCCAGACACCGUAAUCAUGUGCUGGAUGAACCUCUCCUCCCUUGUACCGUGA